AUAAUCGCACCGGAAAAAUGGCAUCAUUGAGAACCUUUCUGGUACGUGAAAUAUUCCGUCCAUCAAUACAUUUCCCAACUGUUCGUAUCUCACCGUUAGGCGUUGUUGUGAGUGAUAAUCGUGUUUUAUCACAACGGAGUCUGUCUUUUAGUUCCGUUAGAUGUGCAGCGGCGUCAUCCGACGGUGACGGAAAGAAGUCGCCGGCGAGACUUGCACAGGUUCAACAACUGUUAUAUGAUGCCAAAGAGAGAGCUCAAGCUGCUGGAAAUUAUCCUAUUCCUAACAUUACUCUUGAUCAUGUUACUGUUAAUUUUGCAAGAAGUGGAGGUCCUGGAGGUCAAAAUGUCAAUAAAGUAAAUACCAAGGUGGAUAUGCGGUUCAAUGUUAAAAAUGCUUAUUGGUUAAGUGACAGAGUCAGAGAGAAGAUUUUGCAAAUGGAAAAGAAUCGGAUAAACAAGGAUGGAGAGCUUGUGAUCUCUUCAACAAAGACGAGAACUCAGAAGGGUAACAUCGAAGAUGCUUUGAGUAAAUUACAGGCUAUAAUUGAAGCUGCUUCUUAUGUACCACCACCUCCAUCCGAAGAGCAAGUGAAAAAAAUAAAUAAGAUGGCUGCUAUUGGGGAGCGCAAAAGGCUCGACAAUAAGAAGGCCCAGUCACAAAAGAAGGCUAUGCGAAGAAGCAGAGAUAGUUAUGACUGAUUCCAAGAGCUCGAGGUUGGCAUGCCAGAUUUCUUGUCCAACAUAGGCACUCCGCUGUCAAAUUCUCCCAGCUCCUUGAUCAUUUCCUUUGUCCUACUUCUGAAUGAUACGAAAAUGGUUUGAGGAAUUAAUAUGAAUCUCUGUAGGUCCUUCAGAUGAUGGUUUCUUGAUACGAGUUAACACACCACAUUAGCUAAAAGAAUCUAGACACAGCCUAAGCUUUAGCUGAGAGCAUUACUGAAAGCAAAAGAUCUUGCUCUUUCUUUUCUUUAGAAGAUGUUGAUAUUGGAUAGGUAAGCUCAGGUCUGGGUGAGAACCCCUAUAGUUACAAAAGAAGAAUAACGCGGCCACCUGUCUUUUUUAUGUAUUGGGGCUCGUAUGUUGACAGACGCGGAUCCAGGAUUCGAUCGUUACUCAUUGUACUGUUAUAAUUAUUGAUUCAGAUCUAAUACUUGAUGAAAUUUUUGUGGAUUUCACAUAAAA